AUGUUAUUUGGGUAUAAUUGGAAGCAGUUGGGAUUUGAUUUCAACGGGGUGCAAUAUGUAAAUGAUACAGCAAAACAAUGGAACCCUGACGGUAUAUACUUCGAAGAAGAAUUAGACGACAAAGAUCAAUUCUUUAUUCAGUACAAUAAUGUGCCCGUGGGUUUCGAGGUGCACAAGAAGAGAAUGUUCAUCACUGUCCCGAGAAGAAGAUUUGGAAUACCCUCAACACUGAACUACGUGGACAUAACAGCGGAGUCCACUCGCAGUCCACUGUUGAAGCCUUACCCAGACGUGGACAGUGUCAUCUCAUUCGUCUCCGUGUAUCGGCCGAGGGUAGACGUGUGCGGGAGACUCUGGCUCGUUGAUACUGGACUGCUUGAAGUGCCUAACAGUCGAGUGCAAAUCAAGCAGCCCGAAGUGAUAGUCUUCGAUUUGGCGACUGACAAAGAGAUAGUGAGAUACCAGUUCAAACAAAGCGAUUUAUUUAACGGAACCACUUCAGGCUUUAUAUCCAUUACGGUGGACGUGACGCGAACAAAUUGCGACAAUGCGUACGCGUACAUUAACGACUUGGCCACAGGAGGUCUCGUAGUCUUCUCGUUGAAAGAGAGAGACAGCUGGCGUUUCUCACAUCCUUCUUUCAAUUAUGAUCCUGCCUCCAUAUUUAACUUGGGCGAAUAUACCAUAAAUUGGAGAGACGGGAUCUUUAGCAUCGCCCUCUCAGACCCUGACUCCAGGGGCAUCAGAACAGCAUACUACCACCCGUUCAUAAGUGCCCAGGAGUUCUCCAUAACCACCGACAUCUUGAAGAACAAGAAUGGUGAUUUUGAAAAUAACUUCAAGCUGCUAGGAGUUCGAGGACUAUUAUCCCAGAGCGCCUCCCACGUGUACCACGGCCCCACCAGGACCCUGCUCUUCGCCAACAUCGCCCAAAAUGGUAUACUUUGUUGGAACGUGGAUAAAUCACUUACUCAAACUGCUUUGGCGGCUCAUAAUCAGCAAUGGUUGGCAUACAUUACUGAUAUAAAGGUAUCUGGCGAUUACGUCUACGUAUUAGUGAAUCAGAUGCACAACUUUAUAUACUCCAGAUUGGACCCGUCCGUUUACAAUUUCUUUGUUUUAGGGGCCAAAGUGACCGACCUCAUCAAGGGGACUGUUUGUGACAAUAAUAAAAAACCAACACAUGCACAGAAGCCUCUCGCAGACAACGCAAACGGCUUCAGUUUUUACAAUAAUCAUGGCAAUAAAGCACCAAUAGCAUAG